CACUCUCUAUCCCUCUCUCCGACUAUCUGAUUUCUGUUAAAUCGAACACUACUGCGUUGUGAGCUGGUUGAUUUCAAUUACCAUUUCCGUUGUUUUGAUUCGAAAUUCCAUCUCCUUUGUGGUCGUCAGCUGAAUGCAUAUUAUAUGUUCGAUGAAAUACUAAGCAAUUGCCGGCGUGCUAUAAGCAAUAUAUAGGCGCAUAUUAGGUUUUGGAGCUUCACAGAUUUGAGUUAAUUGGAAUAGAAGCAAUUUGAAUAUAUGAUGCUUCUCACAGGCAGAAAUUGUAAAAUUGUUCAACAUUUGAAUAUCUGUAAGAGGCAGAGUGUUGCCUUGUUUUGCUCCUCUAUAGAAAUGGGUACACAGAUUGAAAGAGUUGUUAGAAUGAUCAGUGACCAUCCUUUUCCCGAUCAACCGCUUCGUCCCACCUUACAACGCCAAAUUCCCCCGACUGCCUUGUCACCCCCAUUUGUUGAAAACGUUCUAGGUAGCUUGUUUGGUGCGCAUACGAAUGGCCUGAAAGCAUAUGAAUUUUUCAAAUAUUGCCUUGAUUGUAAGCUCUACGUUCCUAGUUCCGGUGCAUUUGACAAAACGCUGCAUAUUCUUGCACGUAUGCGUUACCUUCACAAAGCGUGGGAGUUAUUAGAGGAUAUCAGGCGGAGCCACCCUUCCCUGCUCACGCUCAAGUCAAUGAGCAUAAUGUUGUCCAGAAUAGCGAAAUCCCAGUCCUAUGAAGUCACCAUAGAAGCAUUUGAGAAGAUGGAGAAGGAUAUAUUUCGAGGAAAGAAAUUUGGCACAAAUGAGUUUAAUGUGCUUCUCCGAGCAUUCUGCACCCAGCGUCAAAUGAAAGAAGCGCGAUCUGUUUUCCACAAGAUGCAUCCUCGGUUUCCUCCCAACACCAAGACAAUGAAUAUUUUGCUGCUGGGAUUUAAAGAAUCUGGUGAUAUUACUGCAGUAGAAUUGUUCCAUCAUGAGAUGAUCCGGAGGGGUUUUAAGCCAAACAGUGUUACGUAUAACAUCAGAAUUGAUGUGUACUGUAAGAAAGGGUGUUUUGGCGAUGCUCUAAGACUUCUUGAAGAAAUGGAACGUGCAGGUUUCUCUCCCUCGUUAGAAACAAUAACCACGUUAAUUCAUGGAGCUGGGGUGGCUCGUAAUAUCUCAAAGGCUAAGCACUUAUUUGAGGAAAUUCUUAGGAGAUCUCUACAUCCAGACACUGGGGCUUAUAAUGCCUUGUUGAGUUCUCUCGUCAGAUCAAAGGAUGUGCACGCCGCAGCACAAUUAAUGGAGGAGAUGGAAAAGAGAAACAUUGAGCAUGACAAUGUCACUUAUCAUAACAUGUUUUUGGGAUUAAUGAGAUCAGAUGGUAUUGAUGGUGUUUCUGCACUUUAUACGAAGAUGGUUAAGAAGAAUUUCGUGCCAAAGACCCGGACAGUUGUUAUGCUGAUGAAGUUCUUCUGCCAGAAUAGCCGGGUUGACCUGGGAUUGGACUUGUGGAAUUACUUGGUUGAGAAAGGGCACUGUCCUCACAGCCAUUCACUAGACCUCCUGGUUACAGCUCUUUGCGCCCGAGGGAGAGUGGAAGAAUCCAUUGCUUGCUCUAAGCAGAUGCUGGAAAGAGGUAGACUUGUGAGCGAGCGAGUGUUUCAAAUGUUGGAGAGGCUUUUGGUGGAGAUGGGGGAGUCAGAGAAAUUAGAGGAAUUGGAGUGUUUGAUACAGAAGUUGAAGCAAUUGUUGCCUUCACGUCCUGCAGAUAAUAUGAAUGAUCGAAUAUGAUCAAGUUUUAACUUUGUCUGGAAGAACCUACUAUUUUCCAGAAUUUUAGAAAGCAGAGGUAACCAUUCCCCACAACAGAAACCGCCGGGACGGAGGCUGGCAGAACGUUCGAAAGAACAGGUAACCAUUCCCGACAACAGAAACCGCCUAAUGUGCAGUGAUUAGUAGCUCCUUCUUUGUGACAUACUAUUAAUGAGUAGAAGGGGUUGGGACAUUAGACACAUGUAUCUUUAUGUUCAGUUAAUGAUCCAUCGAUAUAUAUUUCGACAAUUUUGGAAUUCUUUUCACAUGUCACGGUGAUGGAAAAAAUUCCAAUGAAUCCGUCUUUCUUUAU